UUAUUGCGUAAAGUAUUACAAAAAAAAAUUGUUUCAAAAUUUUCACCAAAAUUGAAUCAUAAAACGUCGGUUCGACCGAUGCUGUUUCUGCCGCCUUUGUAUAGCCGGUACAUUAGACACUCUGAGCGUAAUCUGUCGAUUGUCUAACUCGAAAAUUCGGCGUUAUGGCAUCGGACAACGAAUCCGACGCCGAACUCGAUGAAAACUACUACACAUUUCUCAAUUUGCCGCGAAAUGCCACCACCGAGCAGAUUAACUCCGCGUACCGGAAGCAAAGCCGCAUUUACCAUCCGGACAAACAUACGGACCCGGAUAGCAAAAAGAAAGCAGAAAUUAUGUUCAAUCGUACAAAACGCGCCUAUGAGGUCCUCUCAGAUCCGCACCAGCGUGCUAUUUACGACUCAGUCGGUGAGAAGGGCCUCAAAACGGAAGGUUGGGAAAUAGUUCACCGGACAAGGACACCGGCAGAGAUAAGGGAGGAAUAUGAACGCUUGGCACAAGCUGCCGCCGAGCGUCGUUUACAACAGCGCACAAAUCCGCGAGGAAAUAUCACCAUCAAUGUGAAUGCGACGGAAAUAUUUACCCCCUAUGAUGACUCUGAGAUGCCGCGAGUGGAGAUCGGAUCCAUGAGCAUUGCGCAGUCGAUCGAGGCGCCCAUAACACGCAAGGACAUGAUUGUCAUGAGUGGCAAUCUGUAUUCAUCCAAUGGCACCGGCACUGGCGGAUUUAUGGUUGCGGGCCGUCGGCUUCUGAAUAAAGGCUGGAUGGAGGUUUGCCUCGGCGCGGGGAAUGGCUUUCUUUUGGGUUUUAAGGGUGGACGCACUCUCACUUCAAAGCUGACGCUUAACGGCGGCACCAACAUGAGUUUCCAGGAGAAUGGUGUAAUACCCGCCGUGUUUUCCACUUUGGCUGUCCAGCUUGACAAGCACACCGUUGGCAGCCUGACCCUCAAUGCUGGUCCUCAGUCAUCCAUGUCCACGCAGAUCGAUCACUCCAACGACCAGCAUGCCAUAAGCACAUCCUUUGUGAUAGGAACGCCGCAUGUCUACUUUGGAGUCUCCUAUACACGUAAGAUGCUGGAGAACGAGCUCAAGCUGAAACUAGCGACCAAAGUGGGAACUUUUGGAUUUGUGGGCGAGUACGGAGUGGAGAAAAAAGUUUCUAAAUAUAGCUCGGUGAUAGCAACCGUUUCCGUUGGCGUGCCUUCCGGAGUCAUACUCAAAUUGAAAAUAAUACGUUCAAAUCAGUCGUAUGUGUUCCCUAUACAUCUAAGCGAUGAAAUAGUGCCUGCAGCCAUUUUUUAUGCCUCAGUGACGCCGAUAAUUGCGUGGUUUUUCGUGAAAAAGACCAUCAUGGAUCCCAUGGAAGCUGAUCGCAAGAACAUCGAAGUGGAGCGCUCGAAGCGCCAGAAUGAGCAGCGCUUAGCCGCUAAGAAAUCGGAGGCAAUGGCAGCAAUACACCUGAUGCAGAGCACUUACAAUCGCAUCAUAAGCGAGGAGCAAAAGCGAAAGGGGCUGAUCAUCAAGAGAGCAAUAUAUGGGUGCCUUAACGAUGACAGCUUGCAAUUCAAGCCCGAAGCAUCCCAUGAUGUAACAGUGCCCAUCCAGUGUCUAGUCAGAGAUGGAACAUUACAACUGUAUGAAUCGUCAAAGAGCGAUUUACCUGGCUUUUUUGAUCCGAGCUUGGGAGAUGACAAGAUCUUACGCAUAGAGUAUACACAUAAUGAUGUAUUGAAAUUGAUCAAUAUAAAGGAUAAUGAGCCAUUACGACUGCCAGGAUAGAACGCAUUGCAAUUUGUAAAAAAUCUUCAGUUUCCAUGUUUAAAAAUUGUUUUUAUAAUUAAAAGUAGACGUACAAAUACAAAAA